AAUGGAGCAGCCAUAUUGAGAAGAAGUCUAUAUUUUUUUGUGUUGGGAUCCAGUGAGCGUAAACUUAGAAUUGGAAAAACCGUGUUCCUCUACCCUGGGAUAUCCGCUCUUCCUCUAUGCCUCUCUCAACUCUUGCAUAUAUCUUAGAGUUUUAAAAAUGGGCGACAAGCGAAAACUACAAGGUGAAAUAGAAAGAUGUCUCAAGAAAGUUAGUGAAGGAGUGGAAACGUUUGAGGACAUCUGGCAGAAGGUUCACAAUGCAACAAAUAGCAAUCAGAAGGAGAAAUAUGAAGCAGACUUGAAAAAGGAAAUCAAGAAGCUCCAGAGGUUAAGAGAUCAAAUAAAAUCAUGGGCGGCCUCAAAUGAGAUCAAGGACAAGAGGACACUGUUAGAAAACAGGAGAUUGAUUGAAACGCAAAUGGAAAGAUUUAAAGUGGUAGAGAGGGAAACGAAAACGAAAGCAUAUUCAAAAGAAGGAUUAGGGUUAGCAGCAAAAGUUGACCCUGUGCAAAAGGAGAAAGAUGAUGUUUCAACGUGGAUGAGGGGCUGCAUAGACAAGCUUACAGUGCAGAUAGAUUCAUUUGAAAUGGAGGUUGAAAACAUCACGUCGUCUUCAAAAAAGAGGAAAAUCCCAACGGAUAGGCAAGAAAGAUUAGAUGAGCUAUCAAAGUGGUUAGAGAAUCACCGGUACCACAUCAGGCAAUUAGAGACGCUCAUGAGAAUGUUGGACAACAGCACAAUAGAGGUCGAUCAGAUCAAGAAAGUACAGGACGAUUUGGAGUACUACAUUGACUACUCACAGGAUCCUGACUUUGAGGAGAAUGAGUUCAUGUAUGAUGAACUAGAAAUUGAUGAUGAAGCUGGUCUAUUAGCGACUUCACCGGAAGAAGAAAACCAUCUGAACAGUGACACGCCACUGAGUAGUUCACCCAUCGUUAGCAGUAGUUUGCCCUCCUCAUCAAACCAUUCCAAAGAUAAGGUAGAAGAUGAAAAGAAAUCAAGAACGAAGUCGGUGGAUGAUACAUCGUUAUCGUCAUCAUCAUCGCCGAGGAAAGGUUCAGCAAAGAGUACGAGUAGCUCAUCUUCGUUGAAUUCCAUUCCCAUAACAACUACAUCAUCCACUCAGCAGAGUAGACCAACGAUAACGAGAGUAUCUUCAUCACCGGGUACGUCAACAGCCAACUCUUCGGCGUCGUUCGGCGGCUUGCAAGCGCCGAUCAAAAACAGCCUUAGCAAAGCAAAUAGCGUACCGUCAGCAACGACACCACAUGCAAUAGCACAACCUCCCCCAGGGCCUGCGUAUGCUGUAGCAGCAGGGGGUCAGACACACAAUUCACAAGGGUCAAAUGCAGCAAAUCGGGUUACAUCGCAACAACCGACAGCAGUGUCGUCCCAUAUGAUGUCCAAUAGCAUGUCAUUAAGCAGCUCAACCAUGGUGCAGUCCUCAUCGAACCCUCAACAUAACAACACUCCGAGACAAGAUAUGAAUGGCCCUCAUCAAGGUUACAGCAUAGAGCUCCUCACAAGCAGCGUAGCGAACCUGUCGACCAACAGCACGCUCUCAUCAUCGUCGUCGCACAUCACUCACAUGGCUCAUAGCACAGUGCCGUCAUCAUCCUCUGCCACGUCCUCAUCGUCUAUGCCCUUCAUGGCGUCAUCGAUGGCAAUGCCCACCUCCUCAACGGUGGAGACCAACCCAGUAGCCACUGCCCUUUCCACGAGUGCAGCAAUGCUGACCAAAAGUUCAGAUGCUAUGGUCAAUGGCCCGCUAAGCCCGGAGAAUAAGGAGGAUGACAGCAGCUCAAUGUCAACGCUGAAGACAAUGGCACAGAAAGUUGUGAUGAGUUCGGGGUUAGAGAACUUCCAGUCCGAUCUCAUAACAGAAAACAUGGCAGUCUAUAACAGUACUUCCAGGAGCGAGAGCCAGGGUCAGUCAACAACGCCUGCCAACAGCACACCGCAGUAUCAAGAGACCACCAUCCCUCCGUUACUGGGCGUGGCGCCCCUCGGACCCGUCACGUUAUCCAAGGAGCAGAGACUGCAACAGAGCGUCAUGGAGAGCUGCUUUCACCACUUGCCGCUUCCCUCGGACUCAGAGAGGUUAAGAAACUACCUUCCAAGGAACCCAUGUCCCACCCCUACGUAUCAUUGUCAGGUGAUGCCUCAUAGAAUGGGUACACUAGAGUUCUUUAUGAGAUUAUCAACAGAGACGUUAUUCUUCAUCUUCUAUUAUCAAGAAGGAACAAAGGCCCAGUAUUUGGCUGCAAAGGCCUUGAAGAGGCAGUCAUGGAGAUUCCAUACCAAGUACAUGAUGUGGUUUCAACGACAUGAAGAGCCAAAGACAAUCACUGAAGAAUACGAGCAAGGAACAUACAUCUACUUUGACUAUGAGAAAUGGGGACAGCGGAAAAAGGAAGGAUUCACGUUCGAGUAUAGAUACCUAGAAGAUCGAGAGCUCUGAGAUUUGCUGCACCCACCCCUCGUGUGAUGAUACCCCAUCCAGUCUAUUCAAGCCACUGCUGGGGAUCAGCGAAACGCGUGAUCAGUGACUGACUCUCAAUUUCUGACAAGAAGCUGACGCUUGAAAUUCUUUUUUCUCCGGGAGUCGGGCUAGUCUCCUGCCCGACCAUCUUGUGAUUGUGUUAUUCUAUGUCAUGUGUACAGUUUGUGAAUGAAGACAAAAACAAAAGCAAGAAACAGUAUGUCUUGGAGUACCAAUUCCAGAUGUGUUUUAUCUAUCUUGGCAUAAUUUUACAAGGAUAUGAAGAUGAUGACAACAACAAAAAAAAUGAUAAAAAAAGACGAACUUUUUUUCUAAAAAUUUUAGCCAAGCAGUAUACGUCGUGCUCUCCGUUUCAUGUAAGUUGCCCACUCCUUUCUUAUUCAUAUCUCUCUUACAUCUUCCUCUCUUUGACUUUUAUCAGUUUCAAUCUUUUAUGAGGGAACAAUAUUUUUGUGAGUGUCUGUUUACUGAUCGAAAUUUAUGUUAUGUAUGCAUGUGUCGUACACAUUACAUAGUGAUUUCAUCCAGUAGGAAUCUCAUGCAAAUGUUCAACAAGAGUAAGACUCUUAUUCUCGAUUCAUAUUUUUAAAACCAAAGUCACAGUAUGUAUUAUUCAUUUUUUCCUUUUAUUACAAUAUAAAAAAAAUGAAUUAAACGUGCUUAAGUAGUAACUUAAGAUAAAACUAAUUUAAUAUGUGAAAUGUAAGAUCUUAAUUGGUAGCAUUAUCUGUUGUCUUAUAUGGCUACGAGUCAAAAUUUCUUGCCCUUGCGAUUACCAAGUUGAGAGAAGAGUUCAGAAUUAAACAUGAACAUGGUAUUGGUGAGUGUAAAUGAAAAUAGAGCUCUCCAUUCUUAAUACUGACAUACCUGAAUAUGCAUCCAUUGAUAUUUUGAUUUUAACAACGUGAUUUUAGUGGCCUAAUGCUGCCAGAAUACUGCUUUUUCACUUGUGUCAAAACAAUGCAAUUUUACAUUCAGCUUUACAUCCUCUGAAAUACAAGUGGGACUGUAGAGACCUCAAUAUGCUAGUUCAUUUACAAAUUAUAUCAUGGAAGUAUUUACUCCUCAUUUGCUACAGAACAUUCUUGAUUUUAACCAAUUCCUAAAAUUGCUGUUUUCUUCCCAUAUACAUGUAUAUGCAUCAAUACACCAAACAAUUAUUUUUUUUUGUGUGUGUAUUAUGAUACAGAAAUGAUAUGGAGUGAAGUUCUGAUUGCUAGUCCCUAAUGGCCCGUAUUUUCAAGAGGUUUCAAUUGUACCAUGGUACAAAACCAUGAACUAUGCAGAUUUAAUUUUAAGUGCACUUUGCCAAAAGCGCGCAUUCAAUUGGAUUUAAUUUCGUGUACGUGAUGAAUAAGUGUAAUUAUGUUAAGAAAUCUGCAUAGUCCAUGGUUUUGUACCAUGGUCCAAUCGAAACCUUUUGAGAAUACGGACCAAUAUGUAUAGUUUGGUACAAGAAAGAAACUUUGUAAUCUCCAUGCUGAAUGAAGAGAAAUUGUCCCUGUCUUGAAGUUGCAUGUGACUCCAAGAUCAUCUAUGGAAUGCCAUUAGUGCCAUAAUCAGUACCAAUGUGCAUUGUCUGUGUAUUGAAUCGAGGCAUGGUCAAUUAGAUAAUAUGUCCAUGAGUGUUUGUUGUCUUUAACAUUGCUCAUACGUGACAUGUUCUAGGUGAGGGAUUGUGAUGUCAGCGGCUUUCCAUAGGUGAGAUUGAUUAAGAUCAGUCGCACCUUUGUAACACAGACCAGUUAUAUAGCAUUUGUGAACUCAAGCCUCGGUUUGGGGCAGUUUCACAAAGGGUCAUCACAAAUUCCUGUUUGUUUGUGGUAUGUACAACACAUUAUCACAUUGGUUAGAUAGUGUUCAGAGGAUGCAAGUAACUUGUUCAACACAUCACUGUGAUCACCUGUCCGUAACACAAUAAAUAAUAUAACAAUGCAGUUGAUAAAAAUACAUCAUUGGCAGGGUACCA